AUCCCACAAAUAAUUUGAACUCAUUGAAGUCUUUUCUUCUUCGCAAUGGCCGGUAACAAGAACUUGCUCGGGAUUUUCAUGGUCCAAAUGAUGUUCCUGGCACUCUUUUCUUCGCAAGCAAAUGGUGAAGGCUUGAAAGUAGGUUUCUAUAAGAAAUCAUGCCCUCAUGCCGAAGAUAUUGUUUACAAGGUCAUAAGCGAUGUUAUGGCUGUGGCACCAUCUCUAUCUGGCCCGUUGCUGAGAAUGCACUUCCACGAUUGCUUCAUUAGGGGAUGCGAUGGAUCAGUUCUUUUGGAUUCUCCAACUAAACAAUCGGAGAAAUUUUCAGCCCCAAAUCUAAGCCUAAGAGGAUUCAACAUCAUCGAUAGGGUGAAGUUGGCCUUAGAAGAGGCCUGUCCAGGAGUGGUUUCUUGUGCUGACAUUGCAGCCAUAGUUGCCAGAGAUGUUACAGUGGCGACUAAGGGACCAUACUGGGAGGUCGAAACAGGGCGAAGAGAUGGAAAAGUGUCCGUUAUCGGGGAACCAUCAGCACCUAUAACAGGCUUGCCACCAUUCUUCGCGAACAUUAACAUCUUGAAGCAAUCGUUUGCUCUAAGGGGACUGAAUGUAAAAGACCUUGUUGUUUUAUCAGGAGGACACACCAUAGGGACAUCUCAUUGCUCAUCCUUCGAUGACCGGCUCUACAACUUCACUGGGAAAGGCGACAUGGACCCCACCAUGGACCCAAAUUACAUUGCAAGACUGAAGUUGAAAUGCAAGCCAGGAGACCAAACCACACUGGCUGAAUUAGAUCCAGGAAGCGUCAAGACUUUUGAUGAUUCGUACUACAAACUAGUGACUAAGAGGAGGGGGCUUCUUGAAUCAGAUGCAGCCUUACUURACGACCCUGAGACUAGAGCYUACWUGGUUCAAGCUAYKAGCCAYSGUUCCACUUUCUUCAAGGAYUUUGGUGUGUCUAUGGUUAASAUGGGCAGRAUUGGGGUUCUUACAGGYUCUCARGGUGAAGUUAGGAAAGUUUGCACCAAAACUAACUAGCCCGAUUUAUUUGUUAAACCCAAAUAAAACCCGAGACAUCUUGGUCCAUAUAGUAUGCUCAAGUGCUUAAAACUUGUGUAUGAUUUCCUUCUGAAUAAAAAUCUGAUGUCUACGAGGGUUCGACAAAAGUCUAGUCCCUCGAGCGUGGUCAUCCUGUCUCCAAAGUACCUAAACAAGUACGUAUCUCGUCACCGGUUUUAAUUCAUCUUCUUACUAUGUAUUAUUUUCAAUUUUUUCAGCAUUUGUUUGCUUUUCUGUGCAUCAUUUUUGUGUUCUUGGGAUGUAGACUUCUUGAAAAUUGUAAUUGUUUUGUAUUUAAUGUGGUUUUUUAAAGGGUUGCUUAUUUAUAAAAUGCUUAAAUGUGUUCAAGAAUGCAA